AUGCCACCAUUCCGGAUAGGGCUCUUGAAAAGAAAAAUAGAGUCCGGAGAUGAAAAGUUUUCAACCAACGAAGGCUCUACAAAAGAAGAAAGUCAUGCCUUAGAAGAUAGUGAUAAUUUAUUUCGGGGAGACUUGGAUGAUGCCAAUGACGCUACAGACUCUGAGCCUGAGAUAAACGAUGACAACGACUCUGACUCCAAUAAUAGCGUAGAUAAAGUUAUCUUUGGUGAUGAUGCAGAUUCUACCUUAGGUGAAGAUGAAGAUGGCGAAGAUUCAGAUCAGUCAUCUGAAUUAACUGAUUCUGAAGCUGAUGAUGAAGAUGACAGUGAAGAUAAUGAGAACGAAAGUGAAUCAGAAAAGAGUGUUGAUAGUGGAGCUGAGUCUGGGCCCAGCCAGGCACAGUCAAGUGAUGAAGUAGACAAACAAUUACCUAAACUAAGGAAAAAAACAACUAAUGCAUCUAAGAAGCAAUCAAAAGUAAAAAAGCAAAAUUUCAAGAACAGUGUUGAUAUACUUGCUGAAAAAAUUAAAGAUUCAAGUGUAAGUUCCACUACUGCCUGUCUGCCAGUGGAACAAAGAGAUGAGUAUGAGUCGGGCGACACAUCUGACGAGGAGGACCGUCGAAACACAACCGGUGAGGUGCCCCGCUGGUGGUACGAUGAGUAUCCACACGUUGGUUACGAUCUCGACGGACGCCGCAUCAUGAAGCCACCACAACGAGAUCAGAUAGAUGAAUUCCUCAAGAGAUGCGAGGACCCAGAUUUUUGGAGGACCGUCAAGGAUCCCAGCACGGGACAGGACGUGAAGCUCAGCAAAGAUGACCUGGAGCUCAUACGCCGCCUGCGCGAGGGGCACGUGCCCGAUCCCGCUCACGACGAAUACCAGCCGUGGGUGGAGUGGUUCAGCCGCGAGGUGUUGGCGACGCCGCUGCGCGCGUUCCCCGACCACAAGCGCUCCUUCCUGCCCUCGCGCAGCGACGCGCGCCGCGUGGCCGCGCUAGUGCACGCGCUGCGCAUGGGCUGGGCCAAGACCAGGAAGCAGCUCGCCGACGAGAGGAGGCAGAAGAGGGAGAAGGAGUUCUACAACCUGUGGGGCUCGGAGAGCGAGCCGCCGCGCGGCAUCCACCGGCACAUCCCCGCCCCCCGCCGCCCGCUCCCCUCGCACGCGGAGAGCUACAACCCCCCGCCCGAGUACCUGCUCGACAAGCGAGAGAUGAAGGAGUGGGAGAAGCUGUCGGCGACGCCGUGGCUGCGCAAGUACAGCUUCCUGCCGACGCGGCACGACAGCCUGCGCGCGGUGGCGGCCCACGCGCGGUACACGCGCGAGCGGUUCCUGCGCUGCCUCGACCUGUACCUGGCGCCGCGCGCCAUCGCCAUGCGGGAAUCAAUAAAUUUUGUUCACCUCGAAGUCGAACUCGAAAUUCACAUCUUCGAUAAAACUUCGCAGCUGACGAUCCGGCCCGAGGAGCUCGUGCCGAAGCUGCCGUCUCCGCGCGACCUGCAGCCGUUCCCCACGCGCGAGGCGCUGCAGUUCCGCGGCCACGCCGCCGCCGUGCGCUGCCUGCACGUGCACCCCUCCGGCCAGUACCUGGCCACCGGCUCCGACGACCGCACCGUCAAAGGUCGGGAGCGCCGCCGCCCCGCGCGAGAGCCGCAGUUCUCCCCCGACCGACCGACUGAUGUGUGUCUCGUUUGCGCAGUGUGGGAGGUGUCGACGGGCCGCUGCCUGCACACGGUGGAGGCGGGUGAGGCGGUGGCGCGCGUGUGCUGGAGCCCGGCGGCGGGGCUGGCGCUGCUGGCGGCGGCGGCGGGCGCGCGGCUGCUGCUGCUGGCGCCCGGCGACCGCGUGGGCAGCCGCCGCGCCGCCGAGACCACCGACCGCCUGCUCGACGAGCCGCCGCCGCCGCACGACGUCGCCAUGGACGAGCGCACGCGGUCGUGCGUGCAGUGGGAGCGCGUGGGGGCGGAGCGACGCGCGCGCGGCCUGCGUCUCGCCCUCGCGCACUUCAAGGAUAUCGUGCACGUGGCGUGGCACUCGCGCGGCGACUACGUGUGCGUGACGCUGCGCGACGCCGCCUCCCGCAGCGUGGUGGUGCACCAGCUGUCGCGCCGCCGCAGCCAGCUGCCCUUCCGCCGCAGCAAGGGCCUGGUGCAGUGCGCGCUCUUCCACCCCACCAAGCCCUGGCUCUUCGUCGCGACGCAGCGCGCGGUGCGCAUCUACGACCUGGCGCGGCAGGAGCUGGUGCGCAAGCUGCAGCCGGGCGCGCAGUGGAACAGCGCGCUGGCCGCCCAUCCCGGCGGCGACCAUCUGCUGGUCGCCUCGUACGACUCCAAGUGCAUGUGGUUCGACCUGGAGCUGUCGGCGCGGCCGUACCAGACGCUGCGCGUGCACGGGCGGGCGGUGCGCGCGGCCGCCUUCCACCCGCGGUACCCGCUCUUCGCCACCGGCGGCGACGACAGGUACAUCGUCGUCUCCCACGGCAUGGUCUACAAUGACCUCCUGCAGAACCCGCUGCUGGUGCCCCUGAAGCAGCUGCCGGGCGGGGAGCCGCGCGACUCGCUGGUGACCCUGGACCUGCAGUUCCACCCGACGCAGCCCUGGCUGUUCGCCGCCUGCGCCGACUCGACGAUAAGAUUGUACUCCUGAACGCAGUAAAAUAUUAAACCG